CAUUUUGAUCUUUGGCGAUCUUCUACGAAUCUACGCCAUAAAACUUGUAAUUGGGUUGUAAAGUAAUCAAUAAGAAUAUUCUGGUUAAAAGUUGAAAUUUGAAUCAUAUCUCUUCUAGGAAAUUGUUAGAGUUGAUAGGUUGUCAAUCCAAUCAAAUAUUUUAGGGAAAAUUACUCUGGUAACGUUCACUGUUAAGAGCUCAUGUGUUAUUGAAUUAGAAUCAAUUUUUUUCUGAAGAUAUUCCAACUCUUGCUUUUAUUCAAACAAAAUGAUUGAACUCACUGUAAAAACGAUGGAUUCUCAAAAUCACCAAUUUAGUGUUGAAGAUGAUAUUACUGUGGAACAGUUCAAGGCUAGAAUAGCAGAAACAGUCAAUAUUCCUGCAGAAACACAGCGUAUUAUUUACUGUGGAAGGGUUCUUCAAGAUAGUUCGAAACUCUCAGAUUAUGAUGUCAAUGGAAAAGUUGUACAUCUGGUUCAUAGACCACCGCCAGGUAUGAAUCCAAGACAAAGUAGUAGAUCUUCUUCGCCGCAACCGCAGAGAAGGGGUUUCAGAGGUUUCAGGACGAUGGAACAAGGCAAUGCAAUGUAUCUUGGUUCUGUGGCAUUUCCUGGAAAUUUGAUGGAGUCUCAAGGAAUAGUUCCUCCACCUCCUACACACAGUCUAUCAGGAAGCCGUUUAAACGUUGCUAGAAGAAUGUUGAGGAGAGCAGAGGCAGUUUUACAACUAUUAGAAAAUCCCUCUGCCAGAUCUCUGGAACCAUCUACUGCUGAAGAAAAUCAAGAAGAAGAAGAGGUAACGCCAGUAAUUGAAGCGAGAGUGAUUAUUCCUAACAACACUGAUCCAAUUGAUGAAGUUCUCAGCGUUGUUCAGAAUAGCGUUAUAACUGCUGCAACUAAUACUGUACCUCCCAAUACAGCCAAUACGGAUGGUGGUAGCAGUGCACCUCCCAGCAUCACCGAAAGUGCUCAGAGAUCUCCAAAUCAGUCGGAAACUUCUACUCCUGGCGGUGUGACACCAAGAUCUUCAUCGACUGAAAAUCUCAAUGCAGAACCCAGACCAGACAGUGGUUUACCAGAAAAUGCAUCUAGAACAUCUGAAAUGGCAUCAUUGUUGACUAUGCUGGGACAAUUGCAAACUAGAUUUGCUCCUUUUCUGCAACAGUACCAAAAUUUCAUGGUAGAGGAUCCUGAAAUGUCGAAUGAAAAUCUUCAACGACAAACUCAAACCAUAUUGAAUCGUGUAUCAGAAGUUAUGCACUAUUUGGGUCACGCUUAUCAUUCUCUGAGCGACAUUAUAAUACGUGUUCGUACGCCUCCGCCUCGACCUCUCCUAUGUCGCCCAAUUCUCAUCCAACACUCGGCGGUAGUUCAAACUGGAAUUCCCGUACAAGUAGAGAUCAACCUGUCUGCCGAUCGUCCUCCUGCUGCAAAUGCCAAUCAAACAAUCAACGCAACAACCACCGAGGCAAAUACCACAACUACGACUACAACAGCUUCUUCAACACCAAAUUUGAACGCUCCGGGCGGUACUCCAAUGAUAUCCGUUCAACCUGGUUUCGUAGGUCUACCAUUUAUGCCGGGUGCGCAUAUGAGAGUUCAGUCAUUCCCUGUUGAGAUUCGUGCUAUGAGAUCUGCCACAGCUACUCCGAGACAACAAAAUAUUAACAGUAACAGUGGGAAUACUGAACCUGUUGUUGGAACUACUCCGACGAGUGGCGCGAACAACGCAACUGCGAACUCAGCGAAUGGAGGCAAUUUGGCAAAUGCCCAAGGAGCAGCGAUUAAUUUCGGCAAUCCUAACGUCGAGUUGUUCAUGGAAGUUACGCCAGAAGGUAUUACAAUUGAUUCUUUGGAGACUACGCUUGUUGGUUCUAAUCAGGCAAAUAAUUUGCUGAGAGGAGCGCUAAAUGGUCCACCCCCAGAAUUCUUACAGUCUUUAAUGCAAAUGGCAGGUCAGAUAAUAAGUCGCAACAUUCCAACUACUUUCACUCCCUCAAGUGGUUCUGCGCCAAUCGCAAUUAGUAUAGCUUCUACGGAAUCCACCCAACAAAGUGGCGCUUCUCAGGGAUCACAAUCGCCCUCUGGUCAAAACUCACAGGCACGUGGUAACACACAAACCUACUCCACGACGGCUACCCAUACCCUUCCCACUCCUCGGCCUCACGUGCAUUUAGCCCAACAAGCGAUGCAGGGCGGUUUCGAUCCCUUCUUACCAUGUAACUCGCAUCACAUUUCGAGGCGCAGGCGACAUUUGCAGAUGGCAGCCGUACCAACAUCUACGAAUCCACCACAGGCUAAUGCGCCGAGACAGGAAAGUGGUGAAAGGCCUGGGAUACAUGAUUUUUUGAGUUCGCUGAACGAAGCUAGGGCAACACAGAAUCAGGAUACUUUCAAUGUAUUGAAUGAAAUAUUGGAGAGGCACAGAUCAACCAAUGAUUCUGCUCAAAGAACCUCUAACGUUUCCAAUGAUUCGAAUACUGCUGGUAUUUCCCCUGGUUUAGGGGCAUUUGCUUCAUUAUUUUCCAGUUUACACCCAGGGGGGAAUAUGCCAGACCUAAUUCGUCAGGGUCCAUCAUUGGAUCAGAUCUUACAGCACUUGCAACCAGACGAGCAAUAUGUGCCUGGUGAAAGUAUUAUUACUGACCUAAUAAUGCUAUUUAUCAGAAAUUUCACACUUGUAGAUUUGUUCACUUUGAACAGUGGAAAUCUCGAACCAAUCAACAGGAAUGUAACCGAAAUUCAAAACUUCUUCAGAACGAGAAUCUGCAAUGGGGAUGUAACACCUACAGGUGUUGAUAGGGGAGUUGGUAGACUGAUAACAGAAAUGCAACCAUUUCUGGAAAGUUUUAGAUCUUUAGCUGUACGAGGUGAUAUUGAUAUGGUUAGAUCAGCUGAACAGUUAUUCAGACAAAGACUGCCGAAUAUCAUCAGUGUAGGAAUUAACCUUAACCCAAACAAUGUAAGGCUGCUACUUGAACAGUGUAUAACAACAGGAAAGCAACUUUUAGCCCUUAUUUUGCUCGCAAGUUCUGAUGGCCAGCCAGGUGUAGAAAGAACCGUUGAACAAGUGAUGAACAACUUCAUGCACGACAUUCCGCAAGAUGUUCAAAACUGGACCCUUAGGAUAAGUCGUGAGCAAUUACGACACUUACUCGCAAAUUUAAGUAUUCCUGAAAGUAUAUUGCAGCCUUAUAUCGUACGUCAAUCGGAAGUAGCAAUGCCUUCAGCAGAUGAAAAUAGACAAAAUGAAGUUGGCGAUAGUACACUCACAGCACCUUGUAACCCUCCUCGAAGUGCAGAUGAAGCAAUGGAUUUUGAUGUUGUUGAAGAAACUGCAGGUGGAGAACUUAAAUCCCAAACAAUUGUAAAAGAGGAUACUGAGCCACUACCAAGUGUAGUUUUGGGAUCAGAACCCUGGCAUGGACAGGUACCUGAGGAUUGGGUGCCAAUCAUCACGAGGGAUUCUCAGAAACAAAGAAGGCAGAGUUCACAAAGGCCUUUCAGUGAUUCAUAUCUUUCCGGCAUGCCUAGCAAAAGAAGGAAAAUUGUAAAUAAUUCCAAACCCCAGGGUAGUCUUCCGCAAGUUAUAACAGAUAGUAUGCGACAAGCUAUCACAGCAACUGGAUUAACACCAGUAGCUCCACUGGAAACAGUCUCACAAGCAGCUGGUGCAUCUUUAGAAAUCCAGACUGCAUAUAGGAAUAUGUUUAGAACCACCGUGCAAGCGAGUUUGAGAGAUAAUGAGGACUUUUUGCCUGAGAGGUUUCCCAAUACUUCCAAUUAUUUCAAUAUCGGUCAGCAGUGACGUUUAAGCUAGGCAGUGAAGUGAUGUGACUGAAGUGGUUAUUUAAUUUGUUUAAUAUAACAUUUAUUCUAUAAUUUAUUCCUCAUAAUAUACGUAAAUGAUCCACAUUUAUUGCUCACUUGAUUUUUUAAUAAAUAUUAUCAUUUGUUCAACAA